GUCGUCAUCGUCAUCGUCAUCGUCAUCGUCAUCGUUAUCUCAGCCAUCUCCUUCCUCAGCCCUCGGUAGAGGUAGGCAGCACGCUGUGCUCGCCCGCUCGCUGGCCGCGCACCCCGCCCCCCCGGGUGGCGGCCGGUUUUUGCGGGCCAUGGUGUUCACAGGCAUCGUGGAGGAGAUGGGGGAGGUCCUCACCAUCACGAGGAAGGCCGACCUCGAGAUGUGGGACGGGUCGAAGUCGGAGGGCUUCGUCCUCCGAAUAAAGUGCUCGAUCGCCCUGAAAGAUGCCUACAUCGGGUGUAGCAUCGCGGUCAACGGCACCUGCCUCACCGCCACGGCCCUUCACGCCGACUCUUUCGAGGUGAACUGCGCGCCGGAGACCCUGAGGCGCACCGACCUGGGGGACUUGAAGG